CGUCCCCACGGCAGCGGCCGGGCCGGGCCUGGCGAUGGCGGCGGCCGCGCUGCGCCUGGGCCGGGCCCCGCCGCGGCCUCUCGUCGUUAUCCUCGGCGCUACCGGCACCGGGAAGUCGGCGCUGGCGCUGCAGCUCGGGCUGCGCCUCGGCGGGGAGAUCGUCAGCGCCGACUCCAUGCAGGUGUACAAGGGCUUGGACAUCAUCACCAACAAGGUUUCUCCCCAGGAGCAGCAGCUGUGCAGACACCACAUGAUCAGCUUUGUGGAUCCCCUUGUCUCUAACUACACGGUGGUGGAUUUCAGAGACAGAGCUGUGACUCUGAUUGAAGAUAUCUUUGCCAGAGACAAAAUCCCGAUUGUUGUGGGAGGAACCAACUACUACAUCGAGUCACUGCUCUGGAAGGUGCUUGUGGACACCAAGAAAGGGACCAGCACAGCCCCAGGGCUGGUGGCUGACAGGAAGGCAGAGCUGGAGCAGGUGGAUGCUGAGGAGCUGCAUCAGCGCCUGAGGCGAGUGGACCCCGAGAUGGCAGCCAGGCUGCACCCCCACGACCGGCGCAAGGUGGCAAGGAGCCUGCAAGUGUUUGAGGAGACGGGGAUCCCACACAGUGAAAUCCUGCACCAGCAGCAGGAGGAGGAAGGUGGGGGGCCCUUAGGUGGGCCCCUGAAAUACCCACAUUCCUGCAUCUUGUGGCUUCAUGCAGACCAGGAAGCUCUGGACCGGCGCCUGGAGCAGCGGGUGGAUGCCAUGGUGGCCGCGGGGCUGCUGGAGGAGCUGCGGGACUUCCACCGGCGCUACAACCAGCAGAGGGUGGCUGAGAACCGGCAGGAUUACCAACAUGGCAUCUUCCAGUCCAUCGGCUUCAAGGAGUUCCACGAGUAUCUCAUCAGUGAGGGGAACUGCUCACCUGAGACCAGUGCCCUGCUGCUGCAGAAAGGGAUCCAGGCCCUGAAGCAGGUGACCAAGAGGUACGCCCGGAGGCAGAACAAGUGGGUCCGGAACCGCUUCCUGAGGCGUCCCGGCCCCAACGUGCCGCCGGUGUUUGGCCUGGAGGUGUGUGAUGAGCUGCAGUGGGAGGAGAGUGUGCUGCAGCCUGCUCUGGAGAUCGUGGAGAGCUUCAUCCAGGGCCGUGAGCCCCCAGCAGAGCCCGUGAAGAUGCAGCACGACGUGAGCGAGAACAGACGGAGCCAUCGGGUGUGUGAGCUCUGUGACAGAGUCAUCAUCGGGGACAGGGAGUGGGCAGCUCACACACGGUCCAAAUCCCACCUGCACCACCUGAAGAAGAAAAGGAAGCUGGAGGCCUCCAGCCAUGCUGCAGGGACUGAUGGGGACAGGAGGAGCACAGGGAGCUCAGGCCAGCCCAGCAGCCUGCCUGUGCAGCCAGAGAGCGAGCGACUCGGGCCUGGGCAGCCCUGCACACAACGAGCAGAGCCAUGUGUUUGGGAUGAGGCAGGUGUGUGAGUGCCAGCCUUGGCUGUGAGCUGCAUCAGCUCCUCAGGUGGCCUCAUCCCACUGUGUUCCCUCAGCCCUGGAACAGGCUGAACCCUGGGAUGAGGCUGCCAGGAGCAUCCUGCCGUGCCAAGGGUUAAUUCCUGAGGUGACACAGCAUUGUCCUUGGGAUGGUUGGGCUGAUCCCACUGAACGUGUGCCUCAGAGACAGAAAUACCUGUCUCUGCCCCAGCCUGGCCAGCAGUGCAGUGCAGUGCUGGAGCUGAGGGGCAUCUUGCUGCCUUUAUUCUGGAGAAGAGGGGUUUUUUUGCCUUUUAUAUGGAAAUAAAGUUGUGGGGUUAUUGUGGGUUCCUUUCCCUGGGAACAA